AUGAACGGCGUUGCCUCGGGCAGGAGCCCCUACGACUAUGCCGUCUCCAAUCCAUCAGCCGCCGCUGGCCCUACCGUAGGCGGCAAGGCCGCCGUCGAAGAGUUCGCGAGGAACAUGCUUGUCGGCGAGGACCGAGACGCGCCGCGAUACGCUUCGAUCAAUCGCACACCCAGUCCAGCCGUCGUCGACCUCAAAGACCCGAUUCAGAUCCACCUCCUCACCGAAACCGCACUAGCCGACAGCAAAAAAUAUGAAAUCCUUUCCCAGGAAGAGGUCGACAACCUGAAGAAGCAGUCCCAGCUCAUGAUGCAGCGCAUUGACUCAACCAGAGCCAAUCUCGCCAUCCAGACCAAGUACCGAGAUGCUGCCCUGUCCAUGGCCAAGCUGUCUCCCGACGGUCCCCGAGAUCCCCAAGCCGAAGAUGACGCGAUACAGACCGAACGCAAAUGUGAAGAGCUCGCUCUCGAACUCUUCAACCUCGAAAAGAGCCUCAUGAUUCCUCAACAACGCAUCCUCGAGCACACCGCUGGUAUUCUCCAGCUCACCCACAAGGUCUCCAAGAAGAAGAGCGCCCAGCAGGCACAAGUCGCCAAUGGCAUUCCCGGGAGCCCUGAAAGCCUAUAUACCUACUCCCACGGCCGCAACAGUCUCGAUGCUGCUGGCGAUGAAAAUUACUUUGAGGACGGCAUGUAUCCGCUCGACCCCAUGGCUCGCAAAAAUGCCAUUGAGAUUCCCCUGAAAUCGCCAAACAGAGAGCGUGGCGAGAUGGACCGCGUCAAAGAAGAAAACCUCAUCCUCAUCAAAUCUGUCAGCGACUUUGGGGAGAAGCUCCGCUCGCUUAACAAUUCUCUGCGCGACACCAUUGUGCGAUUCAACCCCGAAAUCAACAAGGAUUACAUUGAGCCCCCUCAAAACAUCUCAAAUGCCAAGCCUUUCGAGAUGCUGAGACAUCAGAUCGACUACCUAGAGACAGGCUUGGUUGCUGUCCAGGCCGAGCAAGAGUCUUUCCAAGGCGUCGCAGGUGGUGGCGGUGAGACUGAUGAUGCUGUCCUCAAUUUGUGGAGUGUCAUCCAGAAAGAUUUUGCUGGUACCAGGCAACGGAGAGAGGAGCGUCGCAGAGCCCGCGUUGACAAGGGUCUGUCCGAGAAUGACGAGGACGAGGGCUCCGACGACGAGUUUGACCACUCUGAGGCGUACAAUCUCAAGUCGUUCACAACCAGGGUGCACUACCUGUCAUCGCAAACAGCCACUCUCAAAGACCAGCGCACAGUGCUCAAACGCCAGAUCAAGCAACAACGUGAGCUCAACAACAAAUCCGACGCCGAAAAGGACGAAGAAUUGGCCCAUCGACAAGAAGAGAUUGAAACGGGCCGUCAAGCAGUCGCGCGCGCAGAAAAAGACGCCCUGGACGCACAGCACAUGUUGUCGGAGGCUUUGCAAGAUCUUGAGCAGGCCCGCGCGCAUGCAGCCUCUGCUGGAAAAGCCCAGUCAGAUCUUCAGGAUCGCGAAGAGACCAUUGAGCUGCUGGAAAAGAAGAUCAAAAAGGUCGAGGCAGAAGGCAAGCGUGCCGCCGAGCUCGCUGCAGAGCUAGAAAAUGCUCUCGACGACAAGCGGGCUGCCGAAGAGGCCGCCGAAGCACUCAAGGCCGAUAUGAAGAGCAGGGAAAAGACACUCAGGAACAGGGAGAACGACAUGGACGAGCUCAAUAUGACUAUCGCCGAACUCAAGACAGAAGUCACCAUCGCCCGCGCUGAACUGGAUGGAGCUUAUGGGACUCGCGCCGAACGCGCGGCUGAUGUGGCGGCUCUUAAGAACAAUGCCGAAGUACAAAAGCUCAGUAAUCAAAUAGAGAAGCUCAAGAAGGAGCUGGCAGGUACCGCGGAGGAUCUCGAAAACAUCACCAAGGAGACUCUGAGUGCCGAGCGCGAAAGGGUGGAACUGGAGAGUAAGCUGGAUGAGGCUCUGCAGGGCAGGCAAAAAUUCGAGGCCGAAGUGGAAAAGGCGCGCGAGCAAAUUGCCCAGCUCCAGGAAGAACUCGACGGCCACCGCCUCAAGGUGGGCGGAAGCGGUAGGGGCGCCGGUGCUUCCAUGCUAAGCGAGCAGUUCCGUGCCACGAUGAGAGAGGAGAGGAAGAAGUUCCAGGAGGAUUUGAGGGAGGAGCGAAGCCGAGCUCGCAAGCUCGAAGAAGAACUUGCGCGCCUGAAACGAAGUCAAGGACCUGGCAAGAGUCCGUUGAGUCCACGAUAA